UGCUAUUCUGCCAUUCUUGGCUGGAUGCUCUCAUAGCCUUUCCAUCACCGUAUGCCUGCUAUGAGAUUUGUGGGAACAAGGGAUGGCUGAAUUCACAGCAUUUUAAACACCACGAACUCUUGAAGAGUGUAUAGGACACAAAUCUAUUACACUGGCAGAUCAGACAAGCUCCUGUGUGUGUGUGUAUAUACAUUAUACUCUGUAGUGUUCUGAGGCAAGUCUUUGCCUAGUCCCUCUGAAAUUGGGACAAGGACUCAUUGAUGCAUUUCAGGAGCAAAGGUGCUGAGUGAGUAGGCUUUUCCUACUAGAAAUCAAGCAGCUGCUCCGGCAAAACUUGACUUUGGUUGCAUCUUUAAAUCCUAGGAGGCUGACAAAUGGGACAAGCUGGUUAGAGGAAAGAGCCUCUCUCCAGGGAAGGCUCUGCUGACUUGACCCUUAAGCCUAAACUUGCGUCUUGCUACGUUUGCUUUGUGUGUGUUAAUGCAUACACGAUUAAUAGAUUUCAGUUGAUUUAUCAGUUACAAGUUGGAGUAAGUGGUCCUUGGCUACAUAAACCUCUCCUCUGCGUUUUUUUUACAUGUUAUGACUUACUGGUAUACUUCAAUACAAACCAGGAAUGAUUCUGGUAGUGUUGCAAUGUAACGGUAAUACUGUCCCGACUUUGUUUUUCUAAAAUGUGAGGUCCUUACUAUCUGUUGUGGGAGAUAGUGUAGUUCUGUGUAUUGGUAUAAACUAAAUUUGCUGAUUUGUUGUAACUCGGAUUUAACUUUCCUGUUCUUAAAAGCUGAAAGGCUAAACUAAGCCAAGAGUUGAACAGUGGGUAGGUACAAGAGCUUCUCCUGUUGUCACAGAAGUGUAGUGAUAGCGUUCUGACUGUUGCGUCGCUUAGCAGCCUUUCUGUAUUCAGAGGCUGUGGCCUGACGAAUGUAAUGUCUGUGGUCAAACCCUGCUUUUCUGUACCCAAUUCUGUUACCACAUGUAGGCCUCCUGCCUUACUUGUAAUCCCAGUGGAGGCUGGCAACACUCGGUCUGAACCGGUUGCUCUUGCUCCUUAUAUUAUCAACAGAGAGGAAGAGAAACUUGCAGGGAGCAAACAGUCUCAUCCAGGAGAGGCAUUUUGAAAGCGAUCAAAUUUGCUUGCUGCAUGCAAUACAUUUCUUCUGCUGUCUGGAAAAAGUAUAUGGCUAGUUUGAUUUCCACCACACAUGUGGCAAGUUAGAUUGGAAGUGUACACCCAUCUUCGUGGAACUCUACGAUUAUCAGUUUCUGUUAGUAACACUUGAUGUUCAGUCAGUUAUUUAAAUGGCAACUAUAGCAGUGUUGACUGGUAAAGGAAAAAUGCACGCAGACGUGGUUACCGCUGGGCUUGCUUUGGUCAUGACUCAGAGUUGGGCCACCACCCCAGUGAAAGAUUCAAAGGGGAGUGCUGUGGGUAGCAAGGGUCCAAGGGUAGGUGUCACUAGGGAAAUUUCUGGGGGCCAUUGUUAGACACUUGCGCAUCUCCAUUCUCAUCAGGUCCGCAGUUAACAUGUGCGAUAGGUUUGCAUGGGCAUUCAAAGGUGUAAUGUAGCAUGUGAGCUUGAUGCAUUGAAAUCUUCCAGGGGAGGGUGUGUAUGAAUGCUAGCCAGUGUCAGGGAGGACUGACAUCUAAUAUCUAUAUCCUUCUCGUAUUCAAGGUUAAAAUACUAAUUACCUUUGUCUUUUGGGGGAUUUUGGAGGUUUGGUGGGGUUUUUUUGGGAGUGUGUGUGUUUGUGGUAAGCUUAGUGCUUUAUUUUUGAACACAGCUUGUUUUCAUACAUAGGACCCCUGUUUAUUGCAUUAAGGGUUUUCUUCCCCUGCCAGCUGACCCUCUCAGUUACUUUCUCCACUCCGUUUCUGUGAUACCUUUUUGUAUUUCCUACAGCAGCAAUUAGUUCCCUCCCAGUAGACAUAAUUCUGUCUUCUUCCCAUUUUUAUGUCCACUAAAAUACUCUGCAUAGAACAGUUAUUGUCAACAUCGGUAUGUGAUGAUGGCUUUCCACAUGACUGCCUGUGAGGAAGAGGGGAAAUUCAUAUCUCUUUUAGGACAAUAUUUGCUGGUAUUGUCACCCAUGACAAUGAGUUGCUUAUUGUCUAUCUUAAACAAAGAUUUGAAAAUCCAACCGCUGGUAUGACUGCUUUAUUUAUGUAGAUUAAGGCCUUUUAAUGAAAGAUUACUGUCUCCUGCAGGUAGCUGGAAAUUUCCACUUUGCACCGGCAAAAAGUUUCCAACAGUCUCAUGUACAUGUUCACGAUCUGCAGAGCUUUGGACUUGAUUAUAUCAAUAUGAUGCACUACAUCAAACAUCUCUCAUUUGGAAGGGAUUAUCCAGGCAUUGUGAAUCCUCUGGAUGGGACAGACGUCACUGCACACCAAGAGGCUUCAACAAGCCAUAGUACACUGCCCUGUGUAAUUCCUUUCAUGAUGAACUUGCUAAGGAUCAGAGCUCUGGCAAUAAAUUGUAGUGCUGUGUUCUUUGAUGGAGGUUGGAUUGCUAUGCCUCUCCUCUGGAUGGAGAAAGUGAACCCUCAGGAUGCAGAGCAGGCCACGUCGUAGAAGGAGCUGGAGGGAUGAGCAGGAAGGGAGAGUCCUUGAUCUCCAGGGCUUUCCUAAAGCAGAUGAAGGACGGGGCACACAGGAAAUUUUACAGCUGAGCAAUGAGGUGUGUUACUUCUACACCUCUGAGCACACUCGCACACCUCUGGUUCUCCAUCCUGGAUGAUGGGGACCUGUCUACAUGACCAAGUGAUGUCUCUGGGGUCAUAACAGACUGCCCCCCACCCCAGCACUGCCCAGCUCUUUGUCCCCAGCUGGUGUGACCUCCUUUUGAUGAAAAAGUCCACGUUUUGGGGAAAGAGAGAGAGGGAAGGCUAAAAAACUUGUUCCUGUGCUCGGAGCUAAAGUUUGCAGCACAGAGCGCUGCAGGUUCAUACUACAGCCUGCUCUUUCUCCUGCCUUACAAAGGGUGCAGCAAGGGAAGAACCCCCAGAGGCAGUGGGUGCAGGAGGUGGAAAGGGGCCACUCCUCCACAUCCAUCAGUCAGCUGGAAACAGGAACCUUGGCAGCACAGCGUGCCCUUAUGUGGGCUGGGUUGUGAACAGGCAUGUCCUGUCCCAGAGCUGGUGUGUAAAGGCAUCUCUGCAGAGCGCAAGGAACACAAACGGGUGUUUGUGGUUGCACUCAGAUCGUGUGGAGGGCUCCACAGUCUCAGGGACUCUGUUGCUAGACCUUCCAGAAAGGAAUAUAAUGAAUAAACCACCUAUGUGGGGGAAA